UAAAUAUACACACUCCAACACAAGGCAAAAAAGAUGCAUCUCUUCGAUCAACCAGAGUUCAAGAAUUUAUUGAUUCGAAAUGGCGAGGAUGUACCGGAAGUUGGCACUAUGCGGUGGUGAAGGAGGACAGGAAUGGGACGACGAGGUAUAUGAAGGUGUAAGAAAAGUGUAUGUAGGGCAAGAUCUCAACCGUAUCACUUACGUCAAAUUUGAGUACGUGAAGGAAGACGGCCAAGUAGUAACACGUGAAUAUGGGACACCAGAUCAACACCCUAAAGAGUUUGCACUUCAAUAUCCGGACGAACACAUCACCACGGUGGAGGGAAGCUACCAUCCUGUGGCUCUGCUUGCCACAGAAAUGAUCACGUCCCUCGUAUUUAAGACCUCAAAGGGUAGAAGCUCUCCAACGUUUGGUCCAAACUUGUUUGGAAUUACGAACGGUAAAAAGUUUGUUUUUGAAGAUGAGGGAAAGAAGAUCGUAGGGUUCCAUGGAAGAGCCGGUGAUGCUCUCGACGCUCUUGGAGUUUACUUUGUAUUGGAUACAGCGCCAGUCCCUUUAUACAAGCUGGAUGCCCAAGGUGGUACAGACGGGCGUGUUUGGGAUGAUGGUUUUUACGACGGCAUUAAAACGCUGCGUAUUUGUCAAGAUAAUUCUCGUAUCACUUAUUUAGAGUUCGAGUACGAGAAAGGCGGGGAAGCAAAGACAUGUCACCACGGAGUGAAAGGAAAAACACCAACCGAGUUUGUGCUUGCUUACCCGGACGAAUACAUCAAAUCGGUGGAAGCAACCUAUCAGAAACCGAACAUUUUCAGCAAUACCGCCAUCACGUCACUCAAGUUCGAAACAUCAAAAGGGAGGACAUCAUUCUUUGGGUAUAAUGUGGGUAAGAAGUUUGUGUUGGAGCAAAAGGGUCAUAGGCUUGUUGGGUUCCAUGGAAAGGAAGAUGCAGCUAUUGAUGCUCUUGGAGCAUAUUUUGCACCUGUUCCCACUCUGACUCCAUUGAUUCCAACCAAGAAACUACCAGCAGUAGGCGGCAACGAAGGAGUUACAUGGGAUGAUGGUGUCUAUGACGGUGUAAGGAAGAUACUUGUAGGACAAGGUAACGAUGGUGUAUCCUUUGUCAAGUUUGAGUAUAGUAAGGGCAAAAACGUUGUACUCGGAGAUGACCAUGGGAAGAUGACAUUACUUGGAGCUGAAGAGUUUGUGCUUGAAGAUGGUGAAUAUAUCAUGGCUAUAGAUGGCUACUACGAUAAGAUCUACGGAGUCGAGGCACCAAUAAUUGUCUGUCUUCAGUUUAAGACAAACAAAAGGGAGUCAAUGCCGUUCGGAAUGGAUUCUGGUGAGAAGUUCUCGCUCGGAGAAGAAGGCCACAAGAUCGUUGGAUUCCAUGGACAAGCUAGCGAUGUUGUUCACAGCAUCGGAGUCACUAUCGUGCCCAUCACCACCACCACUACCAAGUGAUAAACCUUAUCUACCAUAUUAUUUAAACCAGUCCAGUCAUAUUAUAUUUGUACCAAAUGAAACUUCCAAUAAGAUUGGUGUGUGUUUUCUUCUUUUAAUGUGUGUUUUAAGUUAAAGUAACUUUCUGUGUGUGUACUAAAAAUAAUAUCAAUAAGAUUGGCGUGUGUGUUCCUUGAUA